GUCACGUGACGGCGCCGUCAGCAGAGGCGCGGGAUGAUGAGGCGGUUCCGCCGGUCGCUCCGCCCCGCUGCCUCCGUCGGGCCUCGGCGGCGGGGAAGAGAGUAACAAUUCCAAGAUGCAGAGGGGUACAAGAAUCUCAUUCAGCUCUGUGAAUUCCACUCUCUCAUCUCUGAAAAACUGCCAAUCUUACAUAAAUACUGGAAUGGAUAUUGCUACCCACGUUGCCCUUGACCUGGUGGAAAAUUUCAAUGAUGAAGAGGAUGUUAAAAGCAUGGAAAAUGUCAUGUUAGAGUAUGCUGCAUUGGACAGAGAGCUUAAUCAUUACAUGAGAGCAUUUGAAGAGACGGUAGAUCAGAUAAAACAAGACAAACCAGAAAAGAUACCAGAUCUAAAAUCACUAGUAAAAGAAAAAUUUACUGCAUUGGAGAGCAUGAACAGUGACUCGGAUUUGGAAAAAAAUGAAAAAUACAUGUAUUUUAAGGAUCAACUUAAAGACAUGAAAAAACAAUGUAAGUCUUAUUUUUUUAAAAGAUUAGUGUUAAAUGGUGACAUAUGUAGUAAAUGUCUUAACAUAUACAUCUGCCAGUUGUGGCUGAUGCUGAGGUGAGUGUUCUGAAUUCAAAACUUACUUAAACUGGUAUCUGUGUAGCAGAAAGCUGAUGUAGCUACCUAGGUAGUUUUAUUUAGAGUUGCAACUCCUGCCUUGCUUGGGUACAAGUACCAUGGGAAUCUCGUUUCACAUUCCCUUUUGUAAGGUGGGCUUUUUCAUCUGAGGACAGGGCUUUUUC